AUGUCUUCUCCUCCUUUCCAGUCAGCGUUCGAGCACUUGAACGAACACGAACCACGAGAGGGUCCCAGUCGUCUAGCCCGCGACCGCCUCGAGAUUAUUGGAGAAGGUUCGUUUGGUCGCGUCUACGCGUACGUCGAGUAUCCGUGGAGCGCAUCAGCGUACAAGGUGUGCAUCUACCCAGAUACCGUAGCCAACUUGUUACACGAGGCCAAGAUCUAUGAUGAACUGCGCAUGUUCACCAUUGACAACGACCCAUCUGCGUUCAUUUGCCCCAUGGUCAAACAGCUGCACAAGCCUCCACAAGACCAGCGGCUAGAGGCUACCAUUGACCCAAUACCAGACCCGGCGAUGGACAUCUUUCCUCAUCCUACCCUCCAGGUAUCCCGUGUCCCUGCUCUUCCCGUUGUUCUCCAGCAACAUUAUCACAGGUUGUUCGUCUCCGCCAACGCUCAAAAUCAAGCGCCCACAAUCCGUCUUCUUGGUCUGUACUUGGGCAUGCAAUUUCCCGAGAAGAUCAACGAAUUCCCGCAAGAGUUCAUUUGCGACCUCCCUCUCGAUUAUUAUCGGUACGCCUGCCUCCGAGAGACCUUCCAGUGCCUCCUCCCUCCAGUCGAGUGCAUUGCUCAGGGGAUGGGCAGGCUCCUCGCCCGGAUGCACUGGGGUGUGGGGAUCGAUGCCCGCGGUGUCAAGCUGGUACUGGGUAACCGGUUUGUGGGCGACGAGCUGAUGUGUCAGUGCUGGGUUCUCGACUUCAACCAGGUAGGCGGUUCCGACCCUCACCACGCUGAUCUACAGUGUCAUCGCUGGCUUGUCUACCGCCCACUCGAGGAUCUUCGCUUGGACAAGUUGACGGACGGCAUGUACAAGGACGACGACCUCGUUAGCGGUGCAAAGCGGCUUGCUCUCAUCAUCUCGCGGCAGGAGUUCUACUAUCCUCGCCCUCACCAAACCCAGCUCUACUGGGCCUUCAAGAAUGCAUACAUGCGCGAAGUUCAAAGUCUGCUCCAACGUCCUAUAACCCCACCGGACCUCUUCCUUACCGAAAACCUCGCUGGGGCCAAGAGGUGGGCACCGGUGAUCACGCAGGCGGCCCUUGCCUUCUUCCAGGAGUUGGAAGCGGAUGACGAUGAGAAAUGUCGUUUUUACCGAUCGGCCAUGUGUGAGGGCUAUCCAGCGGAUUGGUGA